AUUAAAAGAGAAAUACAAAUCUCUAGGGUUAGUCGGAUUACGUCUCAUCGAUCGCCUUAUAUACAGCCCAUAGUCAGCGCUUUGUAUAACCUCAUUGCAUUUUGCGCGCUGCUCUCCUCCGUCCAUAGGCGGCUUGGCGAAGGCUUUUCACAUCAGAUUUGGGAGGAGGGAAGACUUUAUUGAUUUGUUGAUGCCUGCGUCUGCUUCUGCUCCAUUCUCUGCACUCCAGCAAUAUUUUUAGGUCACAAUGUCAGAGCGGUCUCAAUAUCCGUCAGUUGUGCAAAAGUUGUCUGGUCAAACAUUCCUUGGUUCCAGAUCUCCACCGAACUGGCAUGUUAGCCAGAAUGCCAUACAGCGACCUCAGGGAAUGUUUUAUGGUGGAUCACAGAGUGCACUUUUGCAGGCAUCCAAAUGGAGCAAUCUAUCUGUGGCAACUCCAAAUCUUUCACCCGUCUACGUUCCAGCACCUUCAGAGAAAGGUGUGAAAGGUUUCAUGAUUGAUUUUUUGAUGGGAGGUGUUUCUGCUGCUGUUUCCAAAACGGCAGCUGCCCCCAUUGAACGCGUCAAGCUGCUGAUCCAGAAUCAGGAUGAAAUGCUGAAGUCUGGUCGGCUCGCUGAGCCAUACAAAGGCAUAGGAGAUUGUUUUGGUCGAACAAUCAAGGAUGAAGGUGUUAUUGCUUUAUGGAGAGGAAAUACUGCUAAUGUCAUACGCUAUUUCCCCACUCAGGCACUCAACUUUGCUUUCAAGGAUUACUUUAAGAGCCUUUUCAAUUUCAAGAAGGACAGGGAUGGCUACUGGAAAUGGUUUGCUGGAAAUCUUGCAUCUGGUGGUGCAGCUGGUGCAUCAUCUCUCCUUUUUGUUUAUUCCUUGGACUAUGCUCGAACAAGGCUGGCUAAUGAUUCUAAGGCUGCAAAGAAAGGAGGAGAGAGACAAUUCAAUGGGCUCGUUGAUGUCUAUCGUAAAACUCUUAAAACAGAUGGUAUUGCUGGUCUUUACCGUGGAUUCAACAUAUCAUGUGUGGGGAUUAUCGUGUAUCGUGGUCUAUACUUUGGGAUGUAUGAUUCUCUAAAGCCAGUUGUAUUGGUUGGAGAUCUUCAGAAUAACUUCCUUGCAAGUUUUCUUCUUGGUUGGGGUAUUACAAUUGGUGCUGGUCUGGCUUCAUAUCCUAUCGACACUGUUCGUAGAAGAAUGAUGAUGACUUCCGGUGAGGCAGUGAAGUACAAGAGUUCAGUGGAUGCUUUUCAACAGAUUCUGAAGAAGGAAGGUGCCAAGUCUCUCUUCAAGGGUGCUGGUGCAAAUAUUCUGCGAGCUGUUGCUGGAGCUGGAGUCUUGGCUGGAUAUGACCAGCUGCAGUUAAUUCUUCUCGGAAAGAAAUAUGGCUCUGGUGGAGGCUAAUAUUAUGAAGUUGAUGGUGAUGACAAAUUGUUUAGACAUUAUUUUUUUGGCGGUUUGAGCCGUUUUCCGGGUUCAUUAUAAUAAAAAUAUUUGGCUAAACUAAUUGCAAUUUCCAGUACACUAGGAACCAGUCCAAGUUCACUUGAGUUUUGCCAUCUGAAAUUUGCAGAUGAGUAUUUGAUCUGUUGUCAGGCACAAAAUUUUCUUAUUUGAUAUUUUGGAAAAAAUAGUUUCCUCUGAUUUUGAAUUA